AUUGACAUUAUCUAUCAAUAUGUCAAAUAAAAAUCAGAUGUAUUUCACCUCAUUUUUUCAUAAAAUUUAGUUGAAAAAAUCGAGCGUAAAUAAUUGCCGAUUAUGCUAACUAUCUAUCACCAUUUGGCAGUUCAAAGUUGUAUUUUUGAAUACGAUGCUGACGGGUUAUUUCGUUCGUCCUGUAAGUCUUCAUUUGACUAUAUGUUGACAAAAUGAAAAGACGUAUUUAACAAGCAAAAUUACCGUAAUUUGUAUAAUUCUAGACUAAAAAAUAUCUAUAAAUAUCUAAUGACUCAUUUAAAUAGAAAUCGCAUAUACAUGUAACUGUGUCAAAACAUUGAGCUGUGAAAUUAAGAAAUUAUAAUUGUUUAAAAAUUAUAAAUGUACAAAAAAGGUAAACAGCUAUUUUUCAUUUUUGUCAUCACGAAAAAUUUGCCACAACCCUAUCUUAUGCACUCAGAAUAUGUUUAUACAUAUUUUAAGAUAAAGAAAUGCGUUAUGUAACUAAUUAUGAAAUCUUGCAAGGAAAUUGUUACGGUUGACAUAAUUGAGUUUCUUUGUAAUUAAUUUUAUUCUCGGACAUUGUUUGGGGAAAAUAAGGUUUUGUUUCCUUUUGAUAUUUUUGUUAAAUAGAUAACUUCUGUUUGUUUUUCCCAUAUUUUCAGGUACGUAGGAAGAAAAAGGUCACUCCAUUUUUUUAUGUAACAAUCUGGAGAAAGAGAAUUUAAAGGAUCUAACAUGUCAUCAAGGACAUGUGAGUCUUUGAAGUCUUAUGAUUAUGCAUGUCAGAAGUUUGGUACAUUUGAGACUGUACGCUUGAGACGCAAUCUCUACAAUCUACAGGAUAUGAUACGUAACGACGAUCCAUCACUUUGCCAUAUUAGUAGCGGUAGUGCAGUAGAGGGUUUGGACAUGAUAGGAAGUGACUUAGAUAUGAUGGCUGUGAUCAAUGGAACUGUUGUAUGUUUAAGCGAACGCGAUGCAGAAAAUGUUGCUGAAGAAACCAAUAUAAGAACUUUAAUAAUGGAUAUUGAUAGUACAAACCCAUGUUAUGCAUUGCUUCGUGUGCCGAAAAAAGUUACAUUUCCAGAAAACAUUCAUUGUUUUCUGGAACAUAGAGGUCAACAUAUAUUUUAUUCUAGUCAACUGUUUAAACUAAGUCAACUGGAUGCAAUGUCACAUUCAGGAGAUCGGUAUAAAAUUCAUGGUCCUUGCGUAACCACAGAGGAUGAAACAAUUGAUCAACUUUUUUGCUUUAGAUGCAAAUCCUGGCCUUCUCAAGCUCGGCCAUGGAUGUCAAGGUCGAGAAUAAAUCAUUGGCCGUCACCUCAACUAAUAUCAAAAAUUGUAAACUUUGGCGUUUUAUUUGUGCCGAUAGGUUGUAAAGGUUCGAUUAAUGAAGAUAUCGAGUGGAGAAUGUCAUUUUCGGUUGCAGAAAAGUUUUUGAUAUACUCUUUUAAUCAUACACAGUUAUUGUGCUACGGGCUGAUGAAACUGGUACUAAAAGAUGUUGCUGAUAAAAACGAAUCGUUAAAGGGUAUAUUAUGUUCUUAUUUUCUAAAAACUUUAUUGUUCUGGUUGUGUGAGGAAUCAGAUAAAGACAUGUGGAAACCUGAAAAUAUAUUAUCGUGCUUCAGAGCAUGUAUUUGUAGACUGUUAUAUUGUGUACAGUAUUCUAUCCUGGUACACUAUUUUAUUCCCCAAAACAAUUUUUUUGAAUGUAGAUUUAAAAAAGACGAACACAUCCAAAUGAUCGGACUUCUGAAAGAAGUGCGUCAUCACGGUUGGCAAUGCUUCCGUGUUUCUGGGACAUUUAGCGGUGAUUUUCAUACACUUUAUAAUCCUAACUAUGAUUCUAAGGUAAUUCAUCCAAUGAUCUGGUGUAUGGUAGAGUCAAUGGCAGAUUAUUUGGAGAAUGACAAAAACAGUCUUGUGAUAGUGAAAAAAAUACUUCAAUUUAGUCGGAUAAAACUAGCCGUUAAUUUAAUUAUGUUUCUUUGGGAAAAAUCAAAAAAUUUGAAAGUACAGCGAGACACAAUUACGAAAUAUUAUAUAAAUAAUAAACUGCAAUAUACACAUUUUAAACAACAGUUACGUUUACUAAUCAUUUCUAAACAUAAGCAAUGUCCUGAUACAGGAUGGAUGUUUCUAGCAUCUUUCUUCUACCGUCAUAAGAGGUACCAUAUUGUAUUAGAAAUCAUUUCAUAUGUUUUAUCACGUUCGUUAAAGGUAGAUCCAUCCACUCUAGAAACUACAGUAAACAUUGUCCACUUUGAAAAAAUGUCAGCAAUGCUUAUUCUGCACAUGUUAGUGUCUAACAUCAUGAUUUUUGAAAAUGGUUCUGCAUUGAUACCAGAUGAACUGGACAUUGAAGUGAGGAACAAUUCAUCAUUAUAUUUGGCGGUUAUCAUAUUUACUCAUUUUUUAAAGUUUUUGUCUUAUUACCACUUAGGAGACUUUACGUCGUGUAUGGAGUCAUUGAGGGGUCUAGAAAAAUGCACAUACAAUCUUUACAGAUAUAAGGCAUUGGGAAAAACACAAAUUAUAUCUUCUUUCCUGUGUCUAGGAAUAGCCCAUGAGAUGAUAGGUCAUGUAAAUGAGGCACACGAAUGCUUCAGUACUUGUGUUUCUUUUGGUGAAUUGAACACUACAAAAGCUGCUUUGAGGUUGUCAAAACUGUAAAAAUAACAUUGGUAAAAAAACUUAAUAUAUUGUAUACUAUGUAUAGGUUUUCAUAAAAAAAAAUUUGUCAGACCAUGUAAUCUGGAAAUGUUUAACACUUUCAAAUAUAUAUAUAUAUAUAUAUAUUUUUAUUUAAUUAAGAAAAUAACAGAAGAAGAAAAUGCAUUUAUAUUGUUGUAUUAAAAAUCGUUCAUAUUGUC